GGAGCUGACAAGUGAAGUCAAGCAGGCUGCGGUUGCCAAGGUUUCAGUGUACGCGCCUGCCUGCCUGCCUGCCUGCGCGCGCCACUCUCCAUUGGCAGACAUGGCGGCGGACCUGCAGCCGCACUGGGUUCGUGGGCUGCCGUCGUCCUGGAGUUACGGGGUUACUCGGGACGGACGCGUCUUCUUCGUCAACGAGGAAGCCAAGAGUACGACCUGGCUUCACCCGCUGAGUGGCGAGGCGGUCAUUACCGGACACCGCAAAACUCCAGAUCUACCCACUGGAUGGGAAGAAGGAUAUACGUUUGAGGGCGCACGAUGCUUCAUUAACCAUAAUGAGCGAAAGGUGACUUGCAAGCAUCCCAUCUCAGGCUCACCCUCACAAGACAACUGCAUCUUUGUCAUCAACGAACAAUCUGCCGCCAAAGUACCAGUGAAUGAGAAGAAGGAACAGCCACGCAGCACCAUGAGUGAGACCUCCCACAACACAGGCGGCUCGGACUGCGCCGCAAACCAAGCCAGCCCAGCAGCGAGAGCACCAGGACCUGCUAAAAAACUCCAUAAUUUUGGGAAGAGAUCGAACUCCAUUAGGAGGAAUCCCGGUGCUCCAGUUAUUAGGAAGAACUGGCUUUAUAAGCAGGAUAGUACAGGGAUGAAAUUGUGGAAGAAGCGCUGGUUCGUGCUGUCUGAUUUGUGUCUCUUCUAUUACAGAGAUGAAAAAGAGGAGGGGAUCCUUGGCAGCAUCCUCCUACCAAGCUUUCAUAUUUCCAUGCUGUCUGUGGAUGAUCACAUCAACAGGAAGUAUGCCUUCAAGGCGACACAUCCCAACAUGCGAACAUACUACUUUUGCACUGACACAGCCAAAGAGAUGGAGUCCUGGAUGAAAGUGAUGACGGAUGCCGCUCUCGUCCACUCAGAGCCCGUCAAAAGGUUGGACAAGUUAAAAGUGGAGCAGUGUGGACCGCGGGAGGUCAAUCACUUGGCCGAUCACAGGCCAACUUUGACGCAGCCUGAACUUGAAAACAACGAGCGCAACCGCGAGGCGGACCGCGAGCACGCCACAGACGAGGACAGGAAGCAGCUGGACGCCGAGCGCUAUGGCUUCCAGAAGGACGGUGCGGACCGUGAUCGCCCCCUCACCAAGAUCAACAGUAUCAAACUGCAGCCUGCCCAAGCAGCUGCUGUCACGGUCAAAAUUGCAACACCGAGGUGCCCGCCGGAGAUGGACGGCUUACACCAAAGCCCGCAGGUCAAUGGAGCGGGGGAAGCAGGUCCAUCUGACGGCGAUGGCGUUCCCCAUCAGCCUAGUCCCAACUAUGAGCCGGACCGGACACUGAGUAGGACCAACUCUAUGCAGCAGCUGGAGCAGUGGGUUCGCUCACAGAGAGGACGCAGCCAGGAUGAUGACACCAGGAGCAUCACAUCCUAUCAGACGCUCCCUAGAAACAUGCCAAACCAUCGGAUGCCCUACGGGCCUCAUUUGGGAGAUGGUUACCGCAGCAUGCCCAGAAAUAGCAUGGCACAGCGGGACAGCAUCUGCAGUAUCUCACCCUCGUUGUACGAGCAAGUCCUGGGUCCUCCGAUGGCUGAGAAGCGCCGCUCCAUGCGCACCGAUACCAUGUGGCAGCUGUACGAGUGGCAGCAACGACAGGCCUACACCAGGCCGCCAGGGACCUACGGCCAUUUGGCAAGCCCCAAAACCAUGAUCAACCUUUCAGAGCAUGCUGCGCCAAGCUACUCCAUUCCACCUUCGCCCUCGCAUGGAUCCCUAUCUAUGUACGGUGGCUACUCUCAGGCACGGUCCUACAACAUGAGCAGCGCCCGCUCGGAAAUCGCUUCUCCUCUCUACCAAAGAGACAUGAGUAUUGACAGGCGGCAGAGGCAACCAAUGCACAAGUAUGUCUAUCCACCCGAUAGAAGGUCAAUGCCCAUAGGAAUUCCAGUCCAGACUGUCACUGCCCAGUCUCUCCAAAGAAAAACACUCAGUCCGGAAGAACACCCUUACAUGCCGGAAGAGGCUGACAUUGAUGACAAGCUGAGCCAAUUGUGUGAGCAGGAUAAAGUAGUGAGGUCACACGAAGACAAACUUCAGCAGCUGUACAGAGAGAAGCACACACUGGAGACGGUACUGCUGUCAGCCAGCCAGGAGGUAGAAUUGGGCGCAGAUGACCCGGCUGCCAUGCAGAGUGUCAUCCAGCAGAGAGACUUACUGCAGAGCGGCUUGCUCAGCACCUGCAGAGAGCUUUCCCGAGUUACGGCUGAGUUGGAGCGGUCGUGGAUGGAGUAUGAUCAAAUAGAAGGAGCUGUGACUCUGGCGAAGAGCAACUUGCUGGAGCAGCUUGAAGUGCUGGGAAGUCCACAGACAGAACCUCCCAGCCAACAGCACGUCAACAUUCAGAAGGAGCUGUGGCGGAUCCAAGACGUGAUGGAGGCCCUCAAUAAACAUAAGGACCAGAGAAGUUUUGAUGGCGUGUACGGGCCCAACUUCAGCAAACAGAAAACCGAGGAGGAGGACAUGGUGCCCCCACGGCCACCUUUACCUCAGGCCUACGAUCCCGACCCCCCCACUAUGCCCUCUCAUACUGGAGUUGGCUCAGCAUCCCUCCAAAGAACAGAGGACAGGAAGACUAAUCAGAGGAAUGGCACACACAGCGGGCCCGACUACCGACUGUACAAGAGUGAACCAGAGCUCACCACAGUAGCUGAAGUGGACGAGAGCAAUGGCGAAGACCGCUCUGAAUACCCUGCUGACCACCCUGCAAACAAAGGCAUAUCCUACCCAGUAGGCGUAGUUCCACCUAGAACCAAAUCCCCAGUGACUGAAUCCUCCUCCAUUGCUUCCUAUGUUACCUUAAGGAAGAGUAAAAAGCCUGACUCCAGAACGGAGCGUCCGCAUAGCGCUGCUGAGCAUCAGCUGUGUGCUCUGGAGAGCGGUCGACCCAGGAUGAGCGUGGAGGAGCAGCUGGAGAGGAUUCGCCGCCACCAGCAGGGUGCCCUCAGGGACAAGAAAAAGGGCCUCCGCGUCCGGGGUAGCAGCGAGGAGAACGCCUUGUCCCGCAGUAAUUCUUUUACUAAAGAAAACCACCUGCGGAACGCACAGCAGUCCCAACUGAGGCGCAGAGAUGAGGUAAUGAGCACCGACAUUCUGGAAUUGGAGGCCUCGCUCAGGCAGCAGGAGUUGGUGAGGGAGCAGGAGACCCCUGCUGAGGAGAUUGCACGUCUCAAAGAAGCCUCCAACUCUUUUAAUGUGGACAGAGAACUGUCUGUGCCUGACAAAGUGCUGAUACCUGAACGUUACGUGGAGUCCGACCCAGAGGAGGCGUUGAGCCCAGAACAGCAGGCUGACAAGCAGAGGAAAGUUGACCGCAUCAAAGCCCUCAUAGCCAGAAACAGCAUGCAGAACGUGAUGCCAAACGUUGCGUUAAGCCCGGCGGAGACCGAAGAGGUGGUUACGAUGCAAGAAAAGGAGAAGAUAAUUAAUAUCUCUUAUGAGCUGGCAGCAGAAGCCUCCAAACGCAGCAAGCUGGUUGCAGUGAAAAGCCCGUCGUCAUCUUCCCCACCCCCUCCGCCGUCUCCUAACACCCACCCUCAGCUCGCUGACGGGUCUCACUUCAUGUGUGUGUAGUAGCACCACACAAGCCCUGGCUUCAGUCCAAACCUACACAUGAAGGAGUGGAGCCAUGACCAUCUUGUCUCCGAGGUCCUGACCUGACUUGUGUGAUCACUGUGACAUUUGAAGUAUCCUUCACGCGGACGCUUCCGUCUCUUUGUUUUUACCUUCGUUUUAAAUUAUUUAACAGGUUCAUCUUGUAUCCUUCCGUUAUUUUAACAUUCAUAUUUAACCACUUCUUGCUCUGUAAGAGGAGCAUACGAGACGUAACUACUUCUUUCUUAAGGAGGGACGACCCCCACUUUGGCACUGCACAUACAAAAAAAGCGCGUCAAUUUCUCCUGUUUCUUGGUUGUAAUUAUUUCAAAUGAAUGUUCCGGCUUGAGUCGCUCUCCACUUUCUGUUUGUUCAAUCGCUGGGAGAGAUAUUUAAGUUGAGAGAUAACAAAAAUAAAAAUCUACGUUUGACUCUA